AUGUGGUCGUUCCUACUGAUACUUGUUACAUUUAAUGGUAUAACCUGUGAACCAGAAACUGUGAGAGAUAAUCUUGAUUACUUUAACUAUGGAAAUGAAGAAAACGUUCUUAAAAAUUUAGAUCUACAUGCUCCAAAAGAUGAAAUAGUGCUAAGACCGCAGGAAGUAAAGGACUGGCCGCAACAAUCGCUUAAUGUGGGGCAAAUAACAGCUGUCUCUAUAAAUUCUUUGGGACAACCUGUAAUUUUCCAUAGAGCUGAAAGAGUGUGGGACGAAAGCACAUUUAACGAAUCCAAUGUUUAUCAAAACCUCGACAAAGGACCAAUAAUUGAAGAUACCAUACUAGUACUCGACCCUCACACUGGGUCAGUGCUACACAGUUGGGGUGCUUACGCAUUCUAUAUGCCUCAUGGUUUGACUAUUGAUCAUCACGACAACGUUUGGGUCACUGAUGUAGCCAAACACCAAGUGUUUAAGUACACUCCAAACAAUCACAAGUACCCGAGUCUAACAAUUGGCGAAGCAUUCACGGCCGGCUAUCCGUACCGACGUAGAGUCUUACUCUGCAUGCCCACCUCUGUGGCAGUUGCCACGACAGGCGAAAUUUUUGUGGCUGAUGGUUAUUGCAAUAAUCAGAUUUUAAAGUUCAAUGCAGCUGGCACCCUUCUAUUCGCUAUUCCUUCCUUCUCCGAUACACUAACACUAAAUGUACCUCAUAGUGUUACAUUACUAGAGAACCUAGAUAUUGUUUGUGUUGCCGACCGAGAAAAUAUGAGGAUUGUGUGCCCUCAAGCAGGCCUGAAAAGCUAUAUAAAAAUGUUGGAACCCGCCACUGUAAUUGAAGACCCAACUUUAGGUCGCGUGUUUGCUGUGGCAUCACACGGAGAUAUGAUUUACGCUGUAAACGGACCGACCUCUCAGAACAUUGCAAUAAGAGGUUUUACUGUUAACGCUUUAUAUGGAAACAUAUUGGACACGUGGGAGCCAAGUACCGGGUUUUCAAAUCCACAUUCGUUGGCGGUGACAAGAAAUGGCUCUCAUCUUUACGUGACGGAAAUUGGACCAAACAAAAUAUGGAAAUUUGAAUUGACCGAUGUAUACGAUAAAAAA